AAAGAGAGAACAAAAAUGGCAAGAACACGUUGUUAUGACAAAAAAAGUGGAUUAAAAAAGGGUACUUGGACACUUGAAGAAGAUAAAAAAUUAGCAGCUUAUGUUACUAAAUAUGGCUGUUGGAAUUGGCGUCAACUUCCAAAGUUUGCUGGAUUAUCAAGGUGUGGAAAGAGCUGCAGAUUAAGAUGGCUUAAUUAUCUCCGGCCAAAUAUUAAAAGAGGAAACUACUCUAGAGAAGAAGACCAGAUCAUCAUGAAGCUUCAUGCAGAAAUUGGGAAUAAAUGGUCAGCGAUUGCUAUUCACUUACCAGGAAGAUCAGACAAUGAAAUUAAAAAUCAUUGGCACACAUCUCUCAAGAAAAGAUCAAAACAUGAAUUAACAUGCAAUGGAAUAAAGAGAGAGGCCAAUAAUAAUGUCAAUAAAAAAAGUGAUGAAGACCAAAAUAUUACACCAAAUGAAUCAUGUAGUGAAGUUUCUUCUUGUGUUACAACUGACCAAAAUAUGGAAAAUAUUAUGGAUGGAGAAUGUGAGAUAAUUCAAGAAGAAUUAUUUGAAGAAUCCAUUGGAAAUUUUUGGACAGAACCAUUUUUAAUAGAUAGUUUUACGAGUACCACUAGUAGUAGUGAAUUUUGUGUGCCUUUAGAAGUUGAGCAUGGACUAUUUGUAUCUCCAUUUUCUCCUAUUAUGUGUUAUGAUGAAUUUCUAUGCUCAUAAUUA